AUGGCCUAUUCUGAACGAAGAAGUCAAUUCUCAUUUGCCCAUUCUUUAUAUCUCUCAGAUGUUGAUGCAUCGACACAACCUUGUCCUCUCCUAUCAUCAUCAACUCCUUCUUCAACCUUAUUGAUUUCUAACACUAACAUCCGUUCGGAUAUCAUUUCUACUAAACAAGUAGAUAAGGUAGCGCGUGCGUUGCCGUUCUCCUUAGAUCAUUCGCACGAAUAUUAUACAAGAAAACGUAUUGAACAAUUACACGAACGCAUGGAAGACAUUCAAAUCUCAAGUUUUCUUAAAUUUAUUAAUUAUCAUCUUUCGUUCAAAGAUGAACACAAGUUUGUUCAAGAUCUUGCGCAAGAUCUCUCCAAUGGACAUGUUUUUAUUGAUCUAAUCGAACUCUUCUCAUCAACAAAAUUAAAACGCGAACAUGGCCGAACACGUUUUCAUUCGUUAACAAAUGUUCAGUAUGUUUUGGAUUAUCUGAAAUCUCAUAUGAACCAUAUUAAUAUCUCUCCGCAUGAGAUCGUGUCAGGUAAUCGAAAACAGAUCUUAGCUUUACUCUGGAUAAUUAUGAAAAUCUUCGAUUUUCCAUCGUUUCACAUCACGACGAACAAACAUCUCUUUCCAGAGAAUACUCUUUUCUCGUUUGGACAAGACCGAAGUUUGAUCUUGAAGUGGGUUAACAAUCUGUUAAACAAAAUUUUGAAUACAACGACAAGUUAUGUGAAAGAUUUCUACAUGAAAACAUGGAGCGAUUGUUCGUAUAUGUCAUUAAUUAUGAAGUAUUUGUGUCCAAUAAGUUUAAAAUAUGGCACACUGGAGUAUUUCGAUCAUUUGAAAGCAAUCGAACAAGUAGAAGAAGAAAAACUGGAGUUGUACAUCAACCUAUCGAAUUAUUGUUUUCAAACGACAACAAUUGUUGAUUACAGGGAUCAAACAGAAAAAAGUUUGUUCCGAUUUUUUUCGGAGUUGAAACAAAAUGUUUUAUUCAUUCUAAAAUCGAAUCAAAUUGGAAAACUGGUGAAAACCAAUCCUUAUACCAAACAACUAUUCGAGUCGGUAUUAGAAACAACGAAUAUCGAACAAAUAGAAUUUGACAAUAAAGAUGAAGAUUACUUAGUUUUUGACGAAAACAAAUAUCAGAAUGAAACGCAACGUGAUAAUUUGGAUAUGAAACAUUCACUGCAUGAUGAACAAGAAUAUUCUCCCAUUGAUCUACCCAAAGAACAGCCGAUAUUAACUCAAAAUCUAUCGGAAAUUUUAUCGUCGAUUACCGACGAAUGUCAAAGUGGUUUACGUUCUCGCAAGCCAAGGAGAAAACGCUCGAUCGUCUCAUCGGCUACACCAGUUCCUUCUGGCGAUAAAGUUUUGCAAAUUCUCGAACUUCUACGCGAUCCGAAAUUGCUUAUCUUCAAAUAUCUAUUCGUUCUUGCAUUCAACAACAGUAUUAGUACACAAUCAACAAUGCGUUUUAUUUCAUUGACUAAGCGUUUUUCAUUAUCAGGGAUUUGUUUUUUAUUUGUUGAAAAAUCGAGCGGGGAUUGGGAAACAUCGAAAUUCCUUCCCAGCUCGUCAAGACGAAAUCAUUUUGAACCAUGCUCAGAUAAUCACUCAACGACUAUUUUACAACCAUCGAAGGCGCAUCAUAUCACUAGAUCGGUAGCCCAAAAAGAUAAAAAUGGAAAUACGAAUCUGUCGCCAUCGAAACCAGAGAGUGGCAGUGAAGAAGUUCACACCGCUCCAUCCCAUCAUGAACGUACGAAGACAUCAUCACCUCGGUCAAGAUUAGGCAGGAGUGAUUGCAUCGGACAGGAUGCAGAUGAAGAAUCGACUGUUGCUUGUACAAGAAUGACGAAAACUAGAACAUCACUCAAUAAUUCAGCCAACCAACUACAACAGCAAGCGAUGGGUGAUCAUCAUGCGAUCUCCAAACAUCAUCGUAGUCGAAAACAUCAUCGAUUUUUUGAACAACAAGAUCAAGACUUACCAUUCGAUCAAACGAAUACUUAUCGCAGUCAACUCACGACAUACCUAAUACUCAUCCUUAUCCUAGCAUUUGUUCUCUAUCGAUUCUUACUCGCCGUAUGGCCUAAGCCAAAGAAAACAUUUCUCGAACAAUUAAUAGAUGAUCUCUCGACAGUUUUUACUCCUUAA